AUGGAGUAUGGUGAUGUUGAAACAUUACUCAGCGAGUUGGCAAAGUCAUUGGGUAUCAAGAAGAAGAGUAUCAUCAACAAGGCAAAAGAGUUGAUGAGGAAGGCAACUAUUAGACAGCCACAGGGUCUAGGUGGUUGUGAGAUAUGUAAACCAACUGCUUGUGUAUAUUUGGCCUACCAAACAUUGAAUAUAUUGAAGGAGUUGGACUUGCCAAAGCUCAUUGGACAAUGUGGUACGACGGACAAGUUGUUCUAUCUGGCUGUUAGGAACCUUCAGAAUAUACUUAGUAUACAUGUUCCAGAGUUGAUAGAGAUGCUUCCAGAACUAAAGUCACACACUGAACUGGUGGAACAGACAUUGAACUUGUUGGCUCUAUACAAGAGUAAUCUUGGUGCAACAGCAAAUCAAUUGGAUCUGGCCAAUGUGGAGUACACUUGCUCAGCACUCUAUGUCAUGACACAACAAAACAUGAUAUAUAUAUCACAGAUAAAGUUCUUGGACAUUUGCAAGUUCUCAAAGGCCGAGUUUGAUAGAAUUGUUGGAUCGAUUCAAGAACAUUGUUAUGCUGGCAGACCAUUGCCUAUAACCUCACCAAAGCUUGUACUCAAACUACCUCCACCUCUCAGUCCUACAGGCAAGACAUCACCUCCAAAGAAGAGAGUGAGGUCCAGUCUGGAUAACAAGCAACCAAGUUCACAGGAUAGUACACCACCUUCAAGUGGCACCACUGAGCCAAGUACUACUACAACAUCAACAACAUCAACAACGUCAACAAAAUCACUUAGGCAUAGUCAAUCAAAAGUGCCACCACCAAUGAACGAUGGAUCAAUGACUGUUGAAGAGGAGAGACUAGCAUUCAAGAAGGUUAAGGAUGAUAAUUAUCAACAAUGGAGGGAUAAGGUCUUGGAGGAGAAUAGAAAGGAGAAGGAGAAUAAAGAGAAGGAGAGGGAGAAGGAAAAGGAAAUGGAAAUGGAGAAAGAGAAGGACAAACCAUCAGUAGCAAUAUUGAAUCAAUCUGAUAUAUCAUCAUUCUUCCAGAGGAAGAACAAACAGCAACAGCCACUGCCACAGGAGCAGACACAGCCACAGCAGCCAAAGCCAGAGCCACAGCCACAGCCACAGCAACAGCCAGAGCCGCAACAGCAACAGUCACAGGAACAUGCACAGCCACAGCCACAGCCACAGCCACUGGGAUAG